CUCGUCUGUCGACUGUCACUCACUCUGUCAGUCAGUGCAACGACAACGAACGAGAUUGAAUCACUGAACCUUCUGGUGAGUGAACACGAAAAAGACAUAGAAAAACUGUAUUUAAGGAAUUUGAAAGUGUAAAAAAAUCAUCAAGUUUGGAAGAAUUUCUGAUUAGGCAUAACCACAAAAUAUCGCUAACAAUGGGCAAUGAGGAUGUAAUAGGCCUAGUGAGCAAGGAUAUCAAUGAAAAUCAAAACCACAAAAGCGCUAUUGCAGAUAUCGAUUUGCUGAAACAGGGACUGGAAAGCAUGAGUCUUGAAGGCAGCAACAACACAGAUAAAGAUGAAUCCAAAGUGGAUUUUGUUCAUGUGCUGCCGAUGGAGGUUAUUGAGGAGAUAUUCUUGUACCUGAGCCCAAGAGAUUUGGCUGCGUGUACUUCAGUCAGCACGGCCUGGCGUGACGCUGUUAACAGCAACAAGGUUUGGGGAAGACUGUGUGACAAGAAUAAUUGGAAGGACGAGUUCGAGCCACAUUUCUCACAUUUCUCCCUAGCACAAAACAAGUUCAGGCGAUGGGUCCACUCAUUGGACUCGUUCACACCAAUGUGCCAUAAGAGGAUGCUGUACAACAAACAUUCUUGUCUGCAGCGUCACUGGCGUCAUGGCAAGUACAGGGUUGAAAAGAUCUCUAAUGGUCCAGUGACCUACCUGCAGCUGUUUGAGCCAGUCACUUGUGACGGCCGCUAUCUGGUUGUCCAAGACAAAGGCUCCAAGUUCAGCACAGCUGUGACGCUGCAGGUGUGGUCGCUAAAUGGCGAACCUUCCAAGGUCUGCGAUCUGGAUCUGCCGAGAAAAGUGGAUGCGGUAGAGUCUGUCGCCUUUGACUUUGGAACAAUAGUGGUCGCUCAAGCGUGGAUUAUAAUUGUUUACCGGCUCAAGGAUAAAACCUUUGAGAAGGUUUUUGAAAAAACAGAUCUUGCUGAUCUCGAGCCUAAAUCGAGAUUACCGAAAGACAUCAAAAGAAUGGCGCCUCACUUAAAAGUAACACAGGAUUAUAUCAUUUGCGUUCCAAACUUUUCGCACAGCACUGUGGAUUUUAUUCCGAUCUUUUUCUGGGACAGAAUAACUGGAGAGUUGAAACACACGUUGCCUUUUGACUCUAUGUAUUAUCAAAUAGCGAACGCCGUCUGGUUCCAGGACUCUUGUUACUUGAGUCUCUCAAAUAAAAAGAAGAAAUCCUACCAAGUAGUUCAGUUUGGGUUGAAGUCGGCUGCGUGGGAGGCAUUCUCACACAGUGUGGAUUUUGAAGUGGAGGAAGUGGUGGUUGGAGACAGUUAUGUCCUUGCGGUGACCAAGACAUCAAAUGCGGCAUUCAGGGAAGUGUUCUCUCGCCAUGAGACCCCGAGCAAAGAGUUGUGGCUUUGGGACAGACAGACGGGGGAUGUGUUUAAAACCCUUGAAGCCCAAGGAAGAGGUUUCCAGUUUGUCAAUGACUACUUGAUGUACUACGAUUCAUCAAAGGUGACGGUGCUCAACCCAAAAGCUCCAGACAUGUGCAGCGAGUUUGAAGUGUCAGGAACAAUAUCCUCAAUUCAAGCAGCGAAACAUCCUAGUAUCAUUGCCAUAAUCAAAACCAGUUGUUACAUCGAGGUGUGGGACUGGGGUCUGGGUACUCGCCUGUACACCAUCACAGCAGAGACAGGCUAUGGUAGUCAGUUGUGGUGUGAUGACAGUUGAGUCAACACUCAUCUU